AUGGAUGAAAUACUAGCUAAAGCUGGAUCACAAGCAGUUACAUUUGCGAUAAAAUCUGGUGUUUCGAUUGCUUCCACGUAUGCAAUUAAAACCAUAACUGGAUUUAUAUUGAAGAUACCAAAAGAUGAUGCGAAGAGAAUUGAAAAACUAAGAAUUAAACUACAAAACAGAAUUGAAAUCGUGUCAUAUGCAAUCGAUCUUAUAAGACUGGUAGCAGCUCGAGGAAACACAAACCUUGAGAGUACAUUAAGACUAACAAGCGAUUUAAGAGUAGAAAUUGACCAGUUUGAUGACAAAAUACAUGAACUUACAGAAAAGGUUGAAGGCUCAAGAACUGCAAAAACGCAAAAAGAUUCAAUCAACGCGGUUGAACUCUAUAUUAAAGAUCUUUUGGAUAGGAUAGAAGAAAUUACUCCAUUUAUUAACUUAUCAUUGACUACUUCUGGUGCAAAUCUAUCCUCAAAUUUAACUAAUACAGUCUCCCCCGGAUUAUUACUCUCAGCAUCAAAUUAUGUGGUUAAGAAUAAUGACAUGUUUGCCGGUGAAGAUGUUCAAGUAGGACCCACAUUUGAAACUACUUAUUUCUCUGUUUUUUACCAUCUACCAUCUGAAAAGCAUAAUAAUAUUAGAGUUACGUGGAAGGAAGACAUGAAAAGAGGUAUUACAAGGAUCAUCAGAAGGAAAGAUGAAACGAAUAAGUUCAAUUAUGUUUUAAGGAUAGAUCAAAGUUUUGAUGAUGGUAGAUAUCAUAAUACUGAAAAUGACGAGGAAAAACCAAGAAGUUUAGAAAUGAAUAUAUGUCAAAUUGUUAAAUUAUUCUUUAGUGUUUCAGGUAAGCUACUAAAACUUCCGGAAAGAGAUUCUCCGGUAUUAGUUAUAAAAACAGAUAAAAAUAUUAAGGGCAAAGGUAUUCAUUCAAACUCCUCAACGGAAGAUAUUGAAUGGUUUGCAUUGGGUUCAUAUGAAUCGACCGACAGUGAUAGCUCCAGUGAUGAAGACUCAUCAGACGAGGACAAUAGUGCAAACUAUGAGGACGCAAAUAGCUCGAAUAGUAAUAUUAUUCCCAGUAACGAACGAUCGAGCUCAAUCAGCCUCUUGGAGUAUAUUUUGCGACUAGUGUCAUUGCAAUUUAAUGACGAUAUGUCAAUUCUUGAAGUUAAGGAUGAGAGACUUUCUGUAUAUCUAAAUGAUGAGAAUCCAAAUGCCAUAAGGGAAACUAACUCAAGCAUUAAUAAAAUCGACGAAAAACUAGAAAGAGUUACACUAUCUGAUUCUUGA